AUGCUUCCCAAAGCCGGAGAGAGCGACUUGACCUCUCCCAAGCCAUGGUCCGACAUCAAAUCCCACCGAGGAACCUACACAGGCGCCCUCACCUUCAACCUUGCUUCCUUCAUCCUCCCCGCCCUGUACGGCACCCUGUCGAAGCUGUGGGUCGCCAAUAUCGAUUCAUCCCUGGUAGUGACAACCGACGCGUACACCUACAUCGGCGUGGUCGCAGAGACGCUCAAUGAAGGCCUUCCUAGAGCGGCAUGGGUCAUCAUCGGCGAUCAUGCCUCUCGCACCCUGGCGCAGCGGUUCCAGCUCUCAAACACCCUCAUCCUCUUCCAAGCCGUCCUGGGGCUCGUGAUGAGCCUGGCGUUCGUGGGAGGCGCCAGGAACUUUGCCGACGGCUUUGUGCCCGUCGAGGUGCGCGAGGCAAGCAUCACGUACGUGCGCAUCGGAGCCUUUAGCGCAUUCAGCUUUUCGAUCGAGACGGCCGUGGCGUCGGCUACCAGGGCGCUCGACCGGCCCGACGUCCCGCUGAUUAUAAACUCGGCCAAGUUUGCCGUCAACAUCAUCCUGGACUUGCUGCUCAUCUCCAAGGUCCACGUCGGCUCCCGCGAGCCCACAGUCAACAUGCAAGCCGUGAUCCAGCUCGCCUGCAGCAUGGCAUCUGCGUUUAUCGGCCUAGCAUAUUUUCUUUGGAGGAAUACGGUCCAACACCGAAAGGACAGAGAAGACGGCUUACAGGAGUGGACUACAACGAAACCCCACGCCCGCGCGCUCCUGAUCUUGCUCCGUCCCGGCAUCCUCACCUUUAUCGAGUCGGCAAUCCGCAACGCGCUUUACCUCUGGCUGGUUAGCAACAUCGUGUCGAUGGGGUCGACAUAUGCGACGGCAUGGGGCGUUUUCAACACGAUCCGAUGGGGUCUCAUCAUGGUCCCCGUGCAGGCCCUCGAACAGACCUCCCUUGCGUUUGUCGGCCACGCGUGGGGUGUCUGGCGACGGGCGAUUGGGGUGCAAACACGCCGUCCCAGGGCAACGAAGCAGGCCGUCUUCGAGAUAAUCAGGCCGGCUGCUGUCUCCCUCGCGAUAGCUCUACUCAUCGAGGUUCCCGUCUGUCUUUUCCUCACAUUCUUCGGUGCCCGUCCUUUCGCCAGGUACCUCAGCGGGUCUGAUGAGGUUGCGGACGUGACGGCGAUGAUGUGGCGGACCAUUGACUGGUGUUAUAUAUUUUAUGCCAUGUCUACCAUGCUAGCGACGAUCCUGUUGGCGACGCGGCCGAGAUGGUAUCUUUGGCAGAGCCUGGUCAGCAACUUGCUCUACGUGUUGCCUUGGGCUGUGGUAUGCCAGACGGCCAAUUUGUCGGUGGACAUGGCAUGGAAAUAUCACAGUUUUGUGUUUGGUGGAAGUCUUGUUUUCAGCUUUGUUGAUAUUUGUGUCGUGGAUGGGCUUUGGGUCUGGACUUUGAUGGCAGGAAGAAUGAGGUUGGAAGUCUUUCGGGACUAG